AUCAAGCCGGCAACCAAGCCCCGCGUCGACCUGCUGCCGGGGGAUUUCGCUGCUGAGAUGGAUCUGCGGCUGCUGGCGACCGAGCGGCGGUUACGGCUGAAGACCGAGCUUCGGCUACUGGACUGUUGUAUCGACGUCGGCGGAGGGGGGUGGGGGUGGGGGUGGGGGUGGGGGUCUGGACAGAGAAGGGGGGGUGGAGGGGGGUACAGCGGGGGGGGGGGGAACCGGCGUUCGACGACGGAUGUCGGCGUUCGGCGACGGAUGUCGGCGUCGGUGACCGGUGGUCGGGGCCAGCGGUUUGGUUGGGUCGACGCCGUAGGUCGGCGACGGCGACGGGGCCGGAGACCGGAGCACGGGAGAGAGAGAGGGUAG